AUGGAAGCAGAGCUGGAGCAGGCCAAACGCGAGGCUACACUGCAGGCGCGCCGACGCGAGGAGCUUGACACGCUCAAGCAGCAGCGCAUAGAGCGUGCCAAGACUUCUACCUCCGCCAGUUUCAGCGGUAAGCAGAAAAAGCAGCAGCUGCGUGCACGCAAACAGCGUUUGGCCUCUCGUCGAGAUGAGGCGGCGGCGCUGGAUCUACAAAGCGCGCAGUACGAGGAAUUUUAUGCCGACAAACUUGAAACGGCUGAGGAGGUGGAGGUCGACCUCGAAGUCGAGGCGUUCCGCGCCGAGCCUGACUUCUUCGUGCGCAAUAAUGACCUGGACAAUGACCUCAGCUCUCGACUAAAGCUUACCGUGGCGUUGGGCAAGAACAAUAAAGAUGCAGUGGGCAAGGAACUCUCUAGCUUCUUCGUUAAGGAGACUAAGGAGCAGAUCCAGCUGAGACUUAUGGAAGGGCAACGUCCGUUGGACUUGGCCAAGAGAGAGACGCCUCUGCUCGCCACAGUGAGCGAACGGGACCCCAUUCUGGACCAUCCCAAGAGACCCAAGUGGACAUACAGCAUGUCCAAGGAGAAAGUGGACAACAAUGAGAGUCUCAUGUUCGACCAGUGGCUUACGAAGAUUCACGAUAAAUACGACAACGAACACUUGAACCACUUUGAGCACAACUUAGAGGUCUGGCGUGAGCUGUGGCGUGUCACAGAGCGUGCCACGCACGUUGUGGUCGUGGCUGAUGUGCGCAACCCUUUGCUGCACAUUCCAGCGUCUGUGUACGACCUGGUCACGAAGGAGUUGAAGAAACCAAUGGUUGUGGUACUCAACAAGGUUGACUUGAUCCCAACUGCUGUAGUGCAGCUCUGGAAGCGCUACUUAGCUGGUCGAUUCCCUCUCGUAAAGCUUGUGUGCUUUUCCUCCCGCUCGAACGCCGUGCAUGGCGAUGACGACGUCAGUACUCGUCGAAGAAUACUUAGCAAGAAAUUGGAGGUAGGAGACGUGUCGGCAGUUAAGGGUGCUGUGGAUAUUCUCGUGGCUUGUGGGAUUGGUGCUUUGGAGGCGCAGCAACUGGCAGAGGAGUUAAAUGCGAGCUUGACGGAACAAGAGAGCUUACAGGCGCAAUUUGAUGCAGUGCAAGAGAAAAAGAAGUCAGUGGGAAAGCGUCGUAGUAGGCGCAAGCAGAAGAAUCGAAGCGCUCGCAAUGGAAACGCUGGUGGCGAUGGAACACCCACGAUUCACGAGUGUCAGCACUGCGGAUGUGACGAAGCUGUCGUCGCUUGUAUGUCGUGUGCAACUGGUGGACGACCGAGCAGUGCCGAUGCUAAGGUUAAGGACGAAGCAGAUGCCAUUGCUCGAGGUUAUUUGCUGUGCGCUCGAUGCGAGCUUGAGGAGCAUACAGAGCUUAAGGGCCAUUUCCAGGUCCGUCUGCAGUCGGCGCUGGCAGCAGAGUCGACUGACCCAUCUGUGCCAGGCAGUGCUGGAGCUAUCGGCCAGGCUAACACGCCCAAGGUGACCAUCGGACUCAUUGGACACCCGAACGUGGGCAAGUCUAGUGUGUUGAACGCAUUGGCAGGCAAGAAGAUCGUCAGUGUAUCGCACACUCCAGGGCAUACGAAGCGACUUCAGACGAUUAUGAUCUCGCCAGAGAUCUGCAUUUGCGAUUGUCCUGGACUGGUGUUUCCCUUUGCUGGCGUUCCAAAGUAUCUCCAGGAGCUCAGUGGACUGUACCCGUACUCGCAGAUUCGGGAGCCUUACUCCGCAGUCCGCUUCCUCGCAGAGCACGUCAUUCUGGAGAAAGUCUUGGAUCUAAAGCCACGUACACAACAUUUUGAUGGCAUAGAGGAAGAACUGGUUCAAGCGCGGCUACCGCACAGACCGUCGUGGCAGACCUGA